UUUUUUUUUUUCUUUUGAUAAACAGAAAACCUUAACAUCGGAACGGCGAAUCGUUAGCCAUGUCAAUAGAAACGAUGCCGGGAAACGCGGAGGAGAGAGAUCCACAACAAGAGAUUGAAGAGACCAUUCCGUUGCUCGACGAUUCUCAACAACCCGACGGUGAAUCGAGGCCAAGGAACGCGGCGGCAAAGGUGCCGGAGGUGGAGAUCCAUCUAUACCGGUGCGGAAAAGGUCCGGUCGACGUGUUCAAGUCGAAUCUCGGCGGCUGGGAGCAGGAUCAGCUCGAAGUCCGAUCUAUCCUUGAGAAAUACGGAUUGAAAUCCAUCUUCGCUUUCAACGUCGAGAAAGGUCGAGCCGUCCCGAUCCGAUUUAACCCUAGAAAUGGCCGGUCUGUGCUGACUUACAGGGAUAGUGCCGUCGUUUUCAUCGACGGUGAACCUCAGGAUUCUCUGCUCAAACCCAUUACAAGAAUCGUGCUUGGAGUCGCGAUUGUUAUGCUGCUAAUAACGUUUCUAUUGAAAGACCCUCCAGCGUGGAUCAAGAACACUAUCUCCAUGGGGAACUUUCCUCCGUGGGUGCUCGCGUGCAUAGUAAUAGUAAUCACCCGAGCGAGGAAGAGGACCAGAGACUUCUUCAAGAAGUGUGGCUGGUGAUAUCACAGUCCCUAACAUCUUGUCUACUUGUAAAUGUGCUGGAAAUUGUAAUCCGUCAUCAUGUAAUAUAGAGAUUCUCUUAUCUUAAACCCAACAAGUUCCCUUCCUUGGUAAACACUUGUUGUCUUUGUUAAGCCUUGAGGCGCCAAAAAUUGCUUGCUUUCAGAACCAAGAGGGCAAAUCAUUUUCUCCAUUUGCAUUUGUUGAACUUUAUAGUUUUAUGCA